GAGAGGUCUAAUUACAGACUAACCGUCGUACCGUUACUGAAGGAAACCCCAAAUGCAAUCGAAACCUUCUUCUCUAAAUCUCUAUUUCACCCCUCAAAUCCCUUCUUAUUUCAUUCAUUGCCCCCCAACCAUACUUGUGUCUCUCUGUCCCUUCUCUUUCCUCAGCAUUUAGCUAACUACUAUAUACCGAGCUAAGCUUCGUUUAAGUCAAGCAAAAGUCAAGCAAAACGAAACGAUAUGUCGUUUUAGAUCUCACUGUUUUGAUCUGUAUGUAUUCAACCAUGAAUCGAAGCUUUAGGUCUCAAGAAUCGCAAAUGCAGGCUGCGGCUUUGAAGCAGAGGCAGCAAUUACGAGCUUCAAUGAUGAAGGAGAAAGAAGAGGAGCUCUCAUUGUUUCUUGAGAUGCGAAAACGUGAGAAGGAGCAAAGUGAUCUGCUUCUUAAUAACUCUGAAGAAGAGUUCGAAGCACCAUUAGGAUCGAAACCAGGGACUUCACCGAUAUUUAACAUUUCUUCUUCGAACACGCCGGCAAGGAAGAUUGGUGCUGAUGACUUUCUUAAUUCUGAUAAUGACAAAAAUGACUAUGACUGGCUUCUGACUCCUCCUGGGACUCCUCUCUUCCCUUCUUUGGAGAUGGAAUCACAAAAGACUGUUAUGAGCCAACUUGGUACUUCAAAGGCACGCCCUACUGCCCUGAAAUCCAGACUUGCGAAUCCACAGCCGGAAUCUGCUACCAGGAGUAGCUUAGUGUCUAGACAGCCAGCUUCCUCACCUGGAUUGAGUACAUCAAACACUGGUGUUCGGAGGCCCUCAUCAUCUGGGGGUCCAGGAUCGAGACCUGGAACCCCAACUGGACGCCCUACACUGAACUCCACGUCCAAACCCUCAAGAUCUUCAACACCUACAUCUAGGCCCACCUUAUCUUCAACUAAGCCUGCACUUUCUGCUUCCAAGCCUAUGACUUCUGCUACUAAGCCUGCAAUUUUUGCCUCUAAGCCCACAAGUUCUGCUACUAGGUCCACAAAUUCCACUACUAAGCCCUCAAGUUCUGCAACUAAGACCACAGUUUCUGCAAGUAGGCCUACUGUUCCAGCAAGAUCCUCCACACCCACUCGGUCCACAGCCCGAUCUUCAACACCUACUUCUAGACCCUCUAUACCUUCUUCAAAGCCUACAUCAAGGGCAGCAACUCCUACUCGUCGACCAUCCACACCAUCGAGUGCACCUAGUAUAUCUGCUCCUCCGGUGAAGUCCUCUCCUUCAGUUACUAAACCUUCUUCCACAACAUCGAAAAAUCUGGUGCCAUCUCGUGGCAGUUCUCCUACAGUAAAAUCCAGACCAUGGAAUCCCUCAAAGAUGCCUGGUUUCUCACUUGAUGCUCCGCCAAAUUUGAGGACUUCAGUACCUGAAAGGCCACUUUCAGCCACUAGGGGUAGGCCUGGUGCACCGGGCCCCCGGUCCUCUUCUGUUGAGCCUAUAUGUAAUGGAAGACCAAGGCGGCAAUCAUGUUCUCCAUCUAGAGGACGAGCCUUCAAUGGCACUUUGCACUCAAGUGGAAGCUCUGUUCCUGCAAUCAAUCGUGCAUUUGCUAAGGCUAAUGACAAUGUAAGCCCUGUUGUAAUUGGGACAAAAAUGGUUGAGAGGGUAAUCAAUAUGCGGAAACUGGCACCUCCCAAGCAAGAUGACAAAAACUCUCCUCCAGGUAACCUGACUGGGAAGUCUUCAUCUCCAGACAGCACGGGCUUUGGAAGAACACUGUCAAAGAAAUCACUGGAUAUGGCCAUAAGGCAUAUGGAUAUAAGGAGAAGCAUCCCUGGUAAUUUAAGGCCAUUAAUGACAAACAUUCCAGCAUCCUCUAUGUACAGUGUGAGAUCAGGGUCUGCACGAAGCAGAACAAUUAGUGUUUCGGACUCCCCUCUGGCCACAAGCAGUAAUGGUAGUUCAGAAUUGAGUGUUAACAAUAACGGCCUCUGUACAGAUGGGAUUGAGGUAGAAGAUGAUAUUGGCUGUGACAGAGGUAUUCGAUCUCCUGGCAGUCUACGUGGGAGGUAAUGCUCAAUGCCAACAACCCUUUUGUAAUCCGUCUUACGCAAUUAUUUCAAAUCCACCGGCUUGACAGUUGAAGGAGAACUGAUAUGCGGAACUUGAGGGGUUCAUGUUCAAUGAUUAAUGUAAAGUUUUCUUAGGUUUUGUAAUUUGUUGUCUGUGUAUUAUUAGGAAAACCAAAAGCUGAACAAUCAUUUGUGUUAAUUUUCAACACGAUGAGAUUCUAUGAACAGAUUCAUUAGGCUGGAUCAUCUUCUUAUUA